UUUAAAAGUGCGGUAACUCAAUUAGUGGAGGCUUCACGUGUUUCCCGAUUUGUUUACAAUUUUCCCUCUCGAAAUGAAGCCAUUCGAAGUGCCGCCCUGGGAGGCAGGAGCAGAAAUCAUUGAAUUCAAGCCUGUGAAUUCAUCAGGAAAUGGAGUUGCUACCGCCAAGAAGCCAAAGAAGAAGAAACCCAAGAAGAAGAAGUCAGUGGAGGCCGAACAGAUACCCAAAGUAAGCCAGGCACCUGGAAAAUUCAGUUACCGGCAUGGCGGAGGACCUCUGGCCCCGCCCCCAGACUCCUCGGAUGAUGACGACGAUGUGGAGGACGGCAUCCGGGCCAUGCAUAAGGUGAAGUCCGGAAGAAUAGAGAAGCAGCGACCACCAACGCAGGCCACUAAAGGCGGCAAAAAGGAACUGAAGCUGAAACCCGAACUGGCGCAAGCGGCGGUGGAGGCCAUGGAGACCACCAGCUCUCCAAGUCCGACUGCCAACUCACUGGCCAGCAAGCUGCAAUCGGAGCUCCUGGGCGGACGGUUCCGUUACAUAAACGAGCAGCUCUACUCGGUGACCAGUCGCAAGGCGGAGGCCCUUUUCCGGAAGGACAGCUCCGCCUUCGAGGCCUACCACGCUGGCUACCGGCAGCAGGUGGAGAAGUGGCCAACGAAUCCACUCAACCGCAUCAUCAAGACCAUCAAGAAGGUGCCCAAGACAGCUAUAAUUGGAGACUUCGGAUGUGGAGAAGGCAAACUGGCUCAGUCCGUGCCAAACAAGGUGUACUCCAUGGAUUUGGUGGCUGCCCGGGGAGACAUCAUUGCCUGCAACAUCACGGACACCCCGCUCCAAGCUCAGUCGCUGGACGUGGCCGUGUACUGUCUCUCCCUAAUGGGCACCGAUCUGAACGAGUUCUUCCUGGAGGCUAAUCGGGUGCUCAAGCUGCACGGCAGUGUCUAUAUAGCGGAGAUACAGUCGCGUUUCGAGGAUGUGCGGGAGUUUGUGCGCUGCUUGGGUGCCUGUGGAUUCGACCUAAUCAAAAAAGAUGUAGCUGUUAACUAUUUCUACUUCUUCCAAUUCAAGAAGAUGCGUCAUGUGCCCAAGGGCACUAAGUUAAAGGCCUUCUCCCUGAAGCCUUGCUUGUAUCGCAAACGAUAAAAUAUCUGACUGCAUGGAAUCAAAAUUGAUCGUUAUUCACUCUUAAAAACUCUCCUCCGUUCGACACUACAUUUUUUUUCAACAAAUGUAUGGUUUUUUAUUUCGAUUGCAAAGACUGUUUACGGAACCCGAGACAGAAGCUGCUCUAAUAGAUAAUUACGUUUGUACAUUAACUAAAUGUAGGAAUCUUUAUCAACGCAAUAAAUAUUGAAUUUUUACUACCGCG